AUAAACCCACGCAACUCCAAACACGUAGGCUAGAUCCAAAGAUUAAAAACUCACACAUUGUUAAAGAGGUUUUUUUGAAAAGAAACAAAGAUGAAUGCCGGAAAGCAAGCUUCGUGGGCGGUGGCGACGGCUAUCGCGGCGGUGGAAGUGCUAAAGGACCAAGGCGUUGCUCGGUGGAACUACCCUCUUCGUUUACUCCACAAAGAAGCAAUGGCUCGCGUCCGUACCAUCACAGUUCCAUCUCGUCCCUCUCCUCCUCCUCCGUCUUCAUCUUCAGCUGAUGUCAUGAGAUCCUCCAAACCCAUGACCACCACACCCUUUGAGAAAUCCUUUGAGAAAGCAAUGGGGCUUAGCUGCUUUGGUCCAACAACCGUUAGAUUCUAGAUCACUAGGUGUACGUAGGUAAAUCAGAAUGUGCGUCUAUGACGACUUGUUUUGUCAUUUGUGUUACCACAUCAUCAGGUCCACCAUAUGUUAAUUGUACUUGCCUACUUGGAACCAUUGUUCCAGCUUAAACAAUCCUUAAAUCAAUUUUGAAAUAAAAUAAA